AUGUCUCCUCCCUUCGAAUUUCUUCUGUUGGCUGACAAUCACCACCUUUCGAUCCAAGGCAUUCUACCUUAUGUUGGCGUUGGACAGUAUGCCUUUAUUGGAUCAGUCAACAAGAAGAUGAAUCAACUGUACAAAGAGUACUGCAAAAUUGAACUCAACAAGAAUCCAAGCAAGGUUAAGACUGACCCUGGAGGGUAUGCUCGCAGUCGCUCUUCGGAAAGCACCGACACUUUUUGCUGCGAAACAUUCUGCAAUCAGCCACGUGCAGAAUACUGGCUCAAGGACAAUUCCAGCAAUAAGAUGCCUCAUCGUCAUAAUGUUUGUGCUGCCAUUGCCAAAAUUGGAGAUAUGAUGGUCAUGAAAUGGGCAUGGCAACAAGGAUUUGAUUGGAGUGAGCGGACAUGUGCUGGAGCAGCUAGAAAUGGACACAUGGAAAUGCUCCAAUGGUUAAGAGAGAAUGGUUGUCCAUGGAAUGGAGGGACAUGUGCCUAUGCUGCUGGAAAUGGCCAUUUGGAAAUUGUAAAGUGGGCUCGUGCAAAUGGUUGUCCAUGGGAUUAUCACACAUGUGCCUAUGGUGCUGGCAAUGGUCAUUUGGAAAUCCUAGAAUGGGCUCGUGCAAUUGGUUGUCCAUGGAAUGAUCACACAUGUGGGGCUGCUGCUGGAAAUGACCACUUGGAAAUUCUAAAGCGGGCUCGUGAAAAUGGAUGUCCAUGGAAUGCAAGGACAUGUGAGGCUGCUGCUCAAGGUGGUCAUUUGGAAAUUUUGAAGUGGGCUCGUGCAAAUGGUUGUCCAUGGAAUGCAGAUAUAUGCUGGUAUGCUGCUGCAGGUGGACAUUUGGAAAUUUUGAAAUGGGCUCGUGCAACUGGUUGUCCCUGGAAUGCAUCAACAUAUCGAGUUGCCUGCGGGAAGAACCACAGUGAAGUGAUCCAGUGGCUACGUGACAAUGGCUGCCCCGGGUCUCGUGAUGAGAGACACUAA